AUUUUGGUUUAUACUUUAUACUAUCAUUGAGUUUCACUUUUGCCAUUACUUUUUUCACUAGAAAGUGCAAUGUUUGCUGGAGAGAUGAGAUUUUCUGGGCUCUGCUUGUUUAGAUAGAAAAUGGAUUGAGGAAAAUUUUUUGGGCAUGGUGGUAUAUUUCCAUAUCUAACUAGCUGCUUCUGAUUUGUCGAUUGUUCGCUGCCUUGGCCAUUGUUUUUCUGCAACGGAUGCUACAAAUUAGGGCUGGGCGAGUUUCGGCGCUUUACGAUCUUCAAAAUUGUGAGAGACACGAGCGUUCUCUAGAAAUGGGUACUAGUUUCCUCUGUAGAAGAGUAGUGUCACUCGCAAAUGUGGCGCAAGUGUUUGAAAUUUCAAGGGCCCCGGUGCAUUUUCUUCAAAAUAGGCAACUUCUUAUGUUUAGAUCUUUCUCUUCGCCCAAACAACACUCUUUCACGGUGUCUUACCUCAUGAACUCAUGUGGAUUGUCCCCAGAAAGUGCUCUGUCUGCAUCACGGAAGGUACAGUUUGAAACCCCAGAGAGAGCAGACUCCGUCCUCGCACUCCUUAGGAAUUAUGGAUGCACCAAUACCCAUAUCUCCAAAAUUGUAAGCAGGUAUCCGCUCCUGCUCACUGCCAAUCCUGAGAAGACCCUUUUGCCCAAACUGGAGUUUUUCCGUUCCGUAGGCUUUUCAGGGCCUGACCUUGCCAGCAUUGUCGCUGCUAGCCCACAGAUCUUGAGAAGGAGCUUGGAAAAUCAUGUUAUUCCUAGUUAUAAUUUCCUCAAGAGUGUAGUUAUAGUCAAUGAAAAAAUUGUGAGGGCCCUCAGUAAGUCAUACUGGCUUAAUGGUCAAACCUUGCAAAACACCAUUGCUCCAAAUAUUGAAAUUCUGAAAGAAAUUGGAGUUCCCAUAUCAAAGAUUUCGUUUUUUGUGACAUGUCACCCUAGUGCAGUGUCCCAAAACAAGAAAAAGUUUAGUAGAAUUGUCAAGAUGGUUACUGAAAUGGGAUUUGAUCCUUUGAGAGUUAAGUUUGUGAAAGCAGUAAAAGUGAUCUGUGAAAUGGGUGAAUCAAUGUGGGAGCAUAAAAUGGAGGUUUAUAGGGGGUGGGGUUUGACAGAUGAUGAUAUUAUGUUGAUGUUCAAGUCGGAUCCCUUAUGCAUGGCAGCAUCUGAGAGGAAAAUAACGAGUGUGAUGGAUUUUUUGGUUAAUAAGAUGGGUUGGGAACAUGCAGCUGUUGUUAGGUAUCCAACAGUCUUUUUGUGCAGUUUGGAGAAGAAGAUCAUUCCAUGGUGUUCAGUGGUGAAAGUUAUUCAAAUGAAGGGGUUGGUGAAGAAGGAUCUGUGUUUGUGUAUUUUAGGCUACAGUGAAAAGAAUUUCUUCAAUAGGUUUGUGGUCAGAUAUGAGCAAGAUGUUGCUGAGCUUUUAAAUGUAUAUCAAGGAAAAAUUGGUAUUUUUGAACUUGGCUUUGUAUCUGAGGGGAUAUGGGAGAAGAAACAGUUGCAUGUUAACUUCUCUUUGCACUUGAUCGAUUUUUUGGUUAAUAAGAUGGGUUGGCAAGCUGUAGCUAUUGCCAAAUAUCCACUGGUUUUGCAAUAUAAUUUGGUGAAGAGGAUCAUCCCUAGGUGUUCAGUGGUGAAAUCUUUGCUACUGAAGGGGGUUGGUAAAGAAGGAUUUGUGUUUAAGUAUGUUUUUUAUGCUCAAUGAGAGGGAUUUCUUGGAUAAAUAUGUGAUCAAAUUCCAGGAGUAUAUUCCUCAGUUGUUGAAUAUACAACAAGGAAAAAUGAGUUUUCUGGAACUUGGCUUUGAGUCUGAGGAGAAAUGUGGGAUGAAACGGUUGUAGCAUAUCCAAUUCACAACUCUCCAAGUGAUUCAUCUGUUUUCUUUCUUCUAUUUGUGCUUCUCUUUCAAACACAUUAGAUUGACUUGAUUUACACUUCUUUAAAUGUCAGCAAUAUUAUUGCUUUAGAGUUUGUUUGGCAAUGAUUUUAGGAAGUGUUUCUAAACUUUCUAUCAUUUGAAAACAACUUUUUUGAUAAAAAAUUUUAAGAAUGGCUAGAGGUGCUUCCUAAAACCACUACCAAACAGAUUCUUAACUUGCUUCAGCUUGGGUACUUUUAAUUGCUUUCUGCCCUAGUAGUCUUCCCUCCUGGUUUAUGUAAUAUUGGCUUCCCCAAAGCUCAUGGAAGUGGGGAGGCCAGAGCUCCAAUAUGGAGCAUGGAUAGUCUUUUCUACCCAAAAUGUUCAUAGUUUAGUUUGCAGGGUGCUCUGGCUCCUUCCCCACAUGCAAAGUUGUGAGUUGUUUCAAGAGUUAAAAAUCAACAUGCAAGUCUGAUGGGAAGAGUUGAUUCCAGUGGCAGACAGGUAACACAUAGAAGCCUGCCUUGGGAGGGGAACAACAGCUGAAAACAUCUGCUAAUGCCCAGUAAGCUGAGAAGCAUGCAAGGAGCUAAAGGUGUAUUUUGUUUCAACUAGUGAAUGUACUUUCAGGUAUGUUAUAAUUUUUGGUGGUAUUCUUAAUCUGGCUACAUUUUGUCAUUCAUUACGUUUCAGUGAGUGUGAUGUUUAGAGCUGAAGUGGUUUAAAUUCUUAUGAAGGGUAUUGGCUCAUGGCUUUUAGGGGUUUUGUUUAAUAAAAGAACUCUUCGAGUUGUAGAUAA